GACACGCAAGACUACAAAAGUUAGCUGCGUUUACCUAUGUAUUUUUUUAUCUGUAACAUAAUAAAAAAGUGGUUUGUUUCUUUAAGAUAAUGUGAGAGUAAUAAAUUAUUAUUAAACUUUUAAAAUGAUGUUCAUGAAUAAAACCCUACUAUGUUCAGUUUGAUCGUAAAAUGGAAAUAUUUUGUGACAUGGCAACAUUGACGCAGUGAGUGAGCCAUCGCCCUGUUAUACUGUGUCAUGGCGGUCUGACUUGUUAUAAGUUUUUUUGCAAUAACUCACUAGUUAAUGUGCUUUUUAGUAAUUUGAUCAUUGAUUUCUAUAAAUCAAAUCUCGUAAAACAAAAUAGUUAAUAAUGCGCGAAUACAAAAUAGUCGUGUUAGGUAGCGGAGGCGUGGGAAAAUCCGCUCUCACAGUACAGUUUGUACAAGGCAUCUUUGUGGAGAAAUACGACCCCACCAUAGAGGACAGCUAUCGGAAACAGGUGGAAGUGGACGGACAGCAAUGUAUGCUAGAAAUUCUGGAUACAGCCGGCACGGAACAGUUCACCGCGAUGAGGGAUUUGUACAUGAAGAACGGGCAAGGUUUCGUGUUAGUGUAUUCGAUCACCGCACAAUCGACGUUCAAUGACCUGCAGGAUCUGCGGGAGCAAAUCCUGCGGGUAAAAGACAAAGACGACGUGCCAAUGGUGUUGGUGGGCAAUAAAUACGAUUUGGAACCAGAACGCGUGGUCGGCAAGGAACAGGGGGCCAAUCUAGCGCGUCACUUCAAUUGCGCCUUCAUGGAGACCUCCGCGAAGGCGAAAAUCAACGUUAACGACGUAUUCUACGACUUAGUGAGACAGAUCAACAAGAAGUCACCGGACCCCGAAAGGAAAGUUAGGAAGAACAAGGUGUGUCGCCUUCUGUAAGUGUUGUGGGGGCCUGGGUCGCGUCUAGAUAUAAAAUAUUUAAUAAUUUGAAAGACUUCUUGUACCCGAAUUUGGCUCUUGACAGUUCCCAAAGUUAAUUAGGUCGGGUAUCACGCAUUGUUGCGGGUUACUGUAGCAUUUUGAGAAAGUGCAUUUGUUGAGAUGUAAUCGUUCCAGUGCUGUAGCACGAGUGAAAAAUGCACAGAGCGUCCAUUGUAUCCACUUCACUAUCACUGCACAAUAUGUACAUCCCACCCCAUACUUACUGGCUCAUAUUAGUUACUGCUACUAACCAUUCAUUUUUACCUAUAAAUACUUGAUUUAUAUUCAAGGUAACACACAUGAAAUAGCUUACCUAGUAAGUCUAAUAUUGAAUAGGUGGAUAAGUUUGAAUACAGUUAAUAAUAGACUAAACUUUUUGGUUUUACAAAAUGUACUGGAUAUAAACAGUUCUGUGUGUUUUUCACUCUACAAAUUCCAAUUGUAAUGUGUGGAUGCUAUAUAGUUCAGAAGUUUAUGAUUAACACAGUUGAAGAUCUAUUUACAAGUCAUGGUUCAUGACUAAUACAUUCCUAAUUCACGCAGGCAUCCAUCAUCCCAUUCAUUAUCUGUAUUUGUCAUGGACUGUUUGUCUAUAUUCUCAAUAGUUUUAAUUAUAGUCUACAAUUUACUUGUUGGUUUUAGUUCGAGAUGAUGCUGUUAGUCUCCAAUCCCAGCGCAUGAAUCCUUUGUUCAGGUUAAUAUUGGUAUGACCAAAAUUCUAACUAAAUUUUUGUUCAAAUUAAAAACACAUGUUUGCCUUGUAGUUCAAGGUACCUGUAUGUGGCAACAACAUCUAUAAAGGUUUUAAAUUAAAUUUAGUCUUUUUAUCAAUGCUGCUUAUUAUCAUAGAGUAGUUUUUUAAAUAACUUUGCCAUUUUAAUCUAUCAGAAAUUAUUCAUUUGUCUUAACAUGCGUGUGUGUGACAAUUCUAUUGAAUUGAAAUGGAAUUAUGUACUGGGAUUUUAGAUGUUUAGCCAAUAUGUAACAGCUAACAGGAAAAUAACAAGGCCAUUCUAGACGAUAGCACUGUACAUAUUUUGAGAAAACCCAACCGAAAUAUAUUGGCUGAACACAGCAUUGUUAAAUUGAUGUAACUUUGUUUAAUAUAUAGUAUUAAGAUUCAGCAAUAAACUUCUGAACGAUAAGAAUGAAGCAGGCUCCGCGGAGACCUGGAUAUUGUGCCAGCAGGCCUGAACCAGUGUGUAAGUAAUGUUUAAUAAUUAAGAAUACAUUAAAUUUUUUCAGAUAUAUUAUUGUCUUGUUAUAUAAUUCAAAUGUAUCGAAAAGUUGAUAAUGCGACACCAUUUAGGACUGUACAUUUGAACAAUUAUUAGUGAGCCUUAGGUGAUUGCACCCUGCUAAUGGUAGUUCUCCAUGUGUUCCUGUGGUGCCCCGAGUUGCGGAGACCAGCAACUGCACCAUGUGACAGACUAUAAACCCCUCACUUAUGAAAUUGAAAACUCUAAAAAAAAUUUUAUCGUUAUUGUAAAUGGAGUAAAAAUUUAUGAUUACUGGCUCAUUUAAUAUAAAAAUUUACCAACCUAUGUUUGCUGCUACAAACUUUGUUAACAUAAUACUUAUAUAGGUGUUCAAAUAUUGUUACGGGAUUAGAUGUUUCAUCCAUUCUCAUUUUCUGUUAACAUGUAAGAUUACUGCACAAGGAUAUUGGUAAAUUAACUUUGAUCUGAGUUGAAUUAUAUUUUUUAUAUAUAUUGUGCAAAUUAUAAACUUGUAUAUUUUAUCUUUUCAAUCAAUAAUGGACAUGUACAAUAACUAUUAAUUUCUUUUUUUUGUCAAUAAAACAAAUUUUAAAUAUU